UACAAUGAAUGAUACAAUCCCGUAUUGGUAUUUUCUCUAAGGCUAAUUUUAGGCUAUCUAAAGCAUACAAUAAAGAUAGUGACCCCUCAAAGAGUCAAGGCCCCCACCUCUAAACUUCUCCAUACUACAAAAUCCCCCAAAACAAAAUCAAUUCAAGUGCAUCUUUCUUUCUUUCCCUCUUUUCAGCAAUCUGAUUGAUGAAAAAGCCAUCAGUAUUCAAGGAAAAAUCCCAGAUCUUUCCCUGAAUCUUCUACUUUCCUUGCCAACAAAAUCAACCCACUAAUUUUUUCUUUAAAAUUUCAUCCUUUUCCCCCUCUUUCUUCCAAGUGUAUUUUUUAAGUGUUUGUAUGUGUUCAGACUUAGGAGUAUGUGUUCAGACUUAGGAGUAAUAAAAAUCACUUCUUGGUGUUUUUAUGAUCAGAUAAGGCUAUAAUUGAAUCUGGGGAGGUGACAAAAAAAUGCAGACAAGGUAUAUGGAAAGAUCAAAUAGUAUGAGUGGUAGAGAGAAAAGAGCUUUGGAUUCAAGCUCUAAUGUUGAUGAAGAUGGUCAACCUGAUCGAAAAAGACCAGCUUUAGCAAGUGUGAUUGUGGAAGCCCUUAAAGUGGAUAGUCUACAGAGGCUCUGCUCAUCCUUGGAACCUAUUCUUCGUAGAGUUGUUAGUGAAGAAGUUGAACGUGCUUUAGCAAAGUUGGGGCCUGCAAGACUUGUAGGAAAUGGAAGAUCUUCUCCUAAGCGCAUUGAAGCACCUGAUGGAAGAAAUUUGCAGCUUCAUUUCAGAACUAAGCUUUCUUUACCCCUUUUUACGGGAGGAAAAGUCGAAGGCGAGCAAGGAGCUGCAAUCCACAUUGUCUUAAUUGAUGCAAAUACCGGGGAACUUGUAACAACAGGUCCAGAAUCAUCGGCAAAACUGGAUAUUGUUGUACUUGAAGGUGAUUUCAAUGAUGAAGAUGAUGCAAAUUGGACCGAAGAAGAUUUUGACAGUCAUGUGGUGAAAGAGCGUGAAGGAAAGCGGCCUCUUUUAACUGGAGAUGUGCAAGUGACACUGAAAGAAGGUGUAGGGACGCUGGGGGAGCUGACAUUUACUGAUAAUUCAAGCUGGAUAAGAAGCAGACAGUUCAGACUAGGUCUAAAGAUUGCUGCUGGCUAUUGCGACAACCUUCGCAUCCGUGAGGCAAAGACGGAAGCUUUCACUGUUAAAGAUCACAGAGGGGAAUUGUAUAAAAAACACUAUCCUCCUGCAUUGAAUGAUGAAGUUUGGAGAUUGGAGAAGAUCGGGAAAGAUGGGGCUUUCCACAAGAGACUCAAUAAAGCCGGCGUUGUUACUGUUGAACAUUUCUUGAGAUUUGUUAUCAGAGAUCCACAGAGAUUGCGUAAUAUACUAGGAAGUGGCAUGUCGAAUAAGAUGUGGGAUGCACUUGUGGAGCAUGCUAAGACUUGUGUACUUGGGGGAAAGCUUUAUAUCUACUAUCCCGAUGGUCCACAAGGGGUUGGUGUAAUUUUUAACAGUAUCUAUGAGUUUAGUGGCUUAAUCGCUGGUGGCCAGUAUUACUCGACUGAUUCGCUAUCCGACACCCAGAAGGUCUAUGCCGACACUUUGAUAAAGAAAGCGUAUGAGAAUUGGAUGCAUGUUGUGGAGUAUGACGGCAAAUCUCUCUUGAGCUUAAAACAGAACAGGAUCGAAGAUUCUCCGAGGACUGAAUCGCCUGUUACUCAACCGAACACUAAUUUUUACAAUCAUCAAGUCGCUUUACCCAGUUUACCGGUUGCUCCUGCUGUGGAACAGCCUUCUGCCGAUCCAGGUCUCAAGAUGGGAGGUUUACAUGAUGCAUUGGGUACAAGUUACCCUGUACAGUCGCAAACAAUGAACAUUAACGGAUCAUCUUCACAUUUUAGUCCCGUUUCCGUUUCUCCUCCGAAUCAGUUUAUGGGUGCUUCUGGUCUAAACCAGCCUUCUAGAAACAGUAAUGGAUUGAAUUUUGGGUCUACACAACCAUCUUUAUCGGGAUUACAGCCCGUUGGAACUUCCGACUUUGCAGAUUAUCGAGGAAGUGAGAACACGCUAUCAGAGGAAGAAAUUCGCAUGCGAAGUAAUCAAAUGCUUGAACAUGAAGACAUGCAACAUUUACUUCGUUUAUUUGGGAUGGGUGGGGGUCAUGGCCAAAAUCCCGUUGGUGUGCCAGAAGAUACGUACCCAUAUUCCGCAGCAUAUGCACCGUCACCGGCAAUUAACUUCAAUUUUGAGGAGGAUAGAACUCGAUCUUCCGGGAAAGCUGUUGUGGGUUGGCUCAAGCUUAAGGCGGCCCUUAGAUGGGGUAUCUUUAUCAGGAAGAAGGCUGCUGAGAGACGCGCUCAAAUUGUCGAGUUGGAAGAGACAUAGAUACGCAACCCGGAUCAAGUCUUAUCCGACUUUGCUAAAACUACUAUGCUAAACGGGCCUAACUGCGCACGAAGAAUAGGAUUUUUCGAUGAAUAUCAAUAUUGGGACGAUGUCUGCUUGCUUGACUUGCUCACUCAUGGAUCCCUGACGAGUAAAGGACAAAGAACGGGAGUAGAGAUGCUAUAGUUGACGAGACUUAAUUCAGGGAUAACCUUCGGCUAGAAUUUGUUCGCUCUCAUACUCGAUUUCCCCUUGAAACUCUUGAUUAAGGUCUUAUAGUUUAUAAUAAGAGGCCAAUUGCAUUUUUCAUUGUUUCCCUUGUGUACGUUGUAUUGUAUGAUUACUGGUUAGAUGAAGUCUAACUUUAACUAAAUCUGUUGUAUUUAUUACAUAAUGAGUAACUGUCUGGCUGUUGGUAGUUGGCUUGAUUACCAGACAAACUACAUGCUUCAAUGAAUUCAUUUGUUUUUCCAAUAA